AUGCUGGUCGUGAUUCUCAUCAUUGGCUUGCUGACUGGCAUCGUGGCGCCACGUCUGCUUGGCCAGAUGGCCACCUCCGAAGUCACGGCGGCUCGUGCCCAGUUGGCCUCCAUCGAUAAGGCAUUGCAGGCCUUCCGGAUUGACAACAAGCGCUUCCCGACGACGCAAGAAGGUCUGGCGGCACUGACUGUCGCCCCACCUUCCGCGCCGCAAUGGGCCGGGCCCUAUUUGCAGAGUGCCGUGGGGAAUGAUCCCUGGGGCCAGCCCUAUCAGUACGCGUUCCCGGGCCGACCCGGGCGCGACUACGACCUGUUCAGCUCUGGCCCGUCCAAGACUGGGGCGGCUGACGGCAGUGGUGGCGCCGUGUUCCUGAACUCUGGUCCCUGA